UGUCAAAACGGAGCCAUAUGAGGUGAACGUGCGUUACUCGCGCAUGCACUGUGGUGGUCAGGCAGCCAGCGCGUGCGUUCAUUUCCUCACCGGUCCUGUCACCGCAACGUGGACAACAUUUAGCAGCCUGGACGUCUUUGUUAGCCUGGUGAGGCUACUGGAGAAGAAGGCUUACUUAAUGUUUGAUCUCAUGUCGACACUGUUCCUCAUCGAUCCGUUGUAAGAAAGUGUUUAAACAUGGAGCAGUGGCAGGACGCGGCCUCUCAGCAGAUCAAGCCUCUUACAAAUCGUCUGAAUGAGCUGAUGUCUAAAGGCCUGGGGCUGCUGCGCUCCGAGCUCGGGAUGGAUCUGGGACUGAAGCCUGAGCUGAUUCCAUCAUGGGUGAUCCUCUUAUCGGUGUGCACAGGGCUGCUGCUCAUGGUGGCUCUCUGGGCCUCCGCCUGCCAGGCUCUCUUCAAGACACGACCAGCUGUGAGGCCAGCUGACGAUGACUUCCGAUUCAAGAGAGGGGUCGUCAACAUCAAACUUGAGGAGCCGAAGAGGAAAAAGAAGGAUGCAGGAAAGAAAGCCCUGCCUAAUGGGAGAGAUGUUACUGAACCACAGGAAGAGCCCAUUGAUGAGAUAGAGCCAUGUCAGCUGUCAACCCCCCAGAAGUCAAAGAAGUCAAAGAAGAAGAUCAAACAGGCUUAUAAGGAGACCAAAGCUGUGAAAGCAGAUGGCAAAGAACCAGAGGAAGGUUCAUGGGAAACGAAGGUGAGCAGCAAGGAGAAGCGUGAGCAACGAAAGAAAGACAAGAGUUCAAAUGAUGGCCCAGACAGUCCGGGUGGAGGAAACGCACCAGCGAGCGCCCCUCCAGAGCAGCCCAAGGCCUCCGCGCUUCUCAGCCAGAAAAAGAAAAAAGUGGUGACUCCCUGUAUCACUGAUGUGGCUGAUGAGGUUCCUGCUCACGUUGCUGCUCAGAAGACUGACCCCUGGACAUCCAGUAAAGAAACGCCAUCACCCUGGAGGGCUGAGAUUGAUGAGUCAUGGACUGUGAUUGAGAGGGGGAUUACUACAGCAGAGGGAAAUCUUUCUUUACCUGGAAGUAGUGCUGGUACUGCUGAGCCACAACCUGUGAUGGAGUCACUCUGGCUCAGUGAGCCCAAAGUGGGAGACGAGUGGUCUGGACUUCACGGUGGUUCACUCGACCCCACUUCUGACUGGAACGCCCCUGCUGUGGCCUGGGGCAACUUUGAGGGGGGCAACUGUGAGGAGCCCACUCCUGAGCCUCCUCAGACUCAGGAGAAGCCCCAACCUGAUCCUGCUCCGGUUCAUUUGCUUGUAGGAGUAGCUCCUGAUGAGGAAGAUGAGAAAGUGGAGGUAGAGACUGCUGCUGAUGGAGCCGAUAAAGUGAAAAAGAAGAAAAAGAAGAAGAAGAAAGCUGCAGAUGAUGAAGAGGGCGAGGAGCGGGAGAAGGAGAUCGCACUUACAGCCACGGUGAAGAAGAUACCACCUCUUCAAGAGAAUACUGCUGCUGUCCAGCCUGUAAGAGCAGCUGAUGCUGAGUUUAGACUGGAGCAGCUUGUGAAGGACAACAUAUCUAAGACCCAAGUGCCACAAAUGUCGUCUAAUGAUGAGCCCAUUGCCAAGAGGAACAGCCCUGCUGCUCCGCAACAACAAAAAAAACCUGAGGAGAUCCAAACUGCAAAGCCUUCAAAGAAGAAGAAGGCGAGAAGAGAGACAUGAGAACAUGUUCUGAAGACUUAAAGAUACUGUUUAUGCAACACAUUCUGUGAUAAGAACUUUGAACAAAACUCUUCAUGAUGGAUUUACAUCUUAAAAACUGUCUUGAAAAAAUAUUUAAACAUCAAGUGUCUGCCAAUGGAUUAUUAAAAAAAUGAACCUAGAUGCAGAGCAGUUGUAGGUGAUGCAGUGAUUUCUUUUAAGAAAACUCUUUUUUUUGGACGUUUUUGCCUUUUGUUGGUUAGGAGCAGCUGAGAGAGACUGAUGGGAGGAGAGAGUGUUGGAUGUCAUGCAGCAAAGGGCCGAGGUCGAAUUUGAAACCAUGGCCGCUGCAAUGAGGGACUUAAGUGUCCAUACAUGGGGCAUGUAACUUAACCUCUAGGCUAACAGCGCCCUGAUGAUUUCUAUGCUUUUGAUACUCCACAUUGAAAGGGCUGGUGUGCAACAGGGCGUGUAGAAAAAACUUAUCAAGUGUAAAGAUUGAUUAUUGUUUUUAUUGUAUAAAUCAGUCAACAUCUUUCAACUCAUACAACACCUUGUCACAAUUAUGAGCUGGAUCUUGCUUCUGCAAUUUCAUAUUUUGGCUCUUUUGUGAGCCUGUGGUACAUCAAGUACUUCUGGGUGAAAACUACUGAAAGACCCAAUCUCUUCACUGAACAGUUUUUUGUCUCUUUAAGGUGUUAAAAUUGGUGCAUCAUUAGUUACAGUAAAGAGAAUCUGUGUGCUUAUGCAUUCUCAUCUAUAACUGCUUCCUUUCAAUUGACUCAGUCUUUCUGGCUUGUUGUUGGACUAGUGUUAUAAUGAAGUGUUUCAUGUCAAAUGUUACUGCUGCUGUUUCUUUGUAUCUCUGGUCAGAACUGUGUGGGAGCAUCUUAACCGUAUGUACCAAUAUCAAAAACAUUUUCUCAUUUAACUGUUGUCUUCACAAAGUUUUGUAUAACCGUUUGUAAGAAAAGAAAAGCUAAAGACUAAAUAAAGGCCAGUUUUUCUAUUUUA